AUGGAGCCCACCAGGCUCAGCCAGCUCACCACGCCCGACAGCCAGGAGAUCCUCUCCAUCCUCCAUGCCCGCCACCGCGCCGAGCUCCAUGACAUCCUCAUCGGCCACUCCAUCCUGCUCCACAUCAACCCCCUCAGGCCCACCCAGGACACCAGCGACCACUCCGCACACGCCUACCUCAACAACACCAGCAACGCCCUCCCCCCUCACCUCUACCAACUGGCCGCAGAUGUAUCCUACGCCCUCAAACGGACCGCCAAAACCCAGGCUAUCGUCUACUCCGGAUUCUCCGGAUCGGGUAAGACCACCAGCAUGAAGCUCAUCACCAACCAGCUCAUCAGACUCUCCCAGCUCAACUCGCUCGGCCCAUCCUCCCAGUCUUCCCAAGCACUCAAACUCACAGACCAGAUCCCCCACCUCUUCACCCUCCUCAGCGCAUUCUCCAACGCAAAGACCUUCCAGAACCCAAGCGCCUCCAGGCUAUCCUCCCUCCUCGAACUCCACUUCGACAACCUCUUCCAUCUCGCCGGCGCCAAGCUGCUCGUCUUCGGCCUCGAGCGCAACCGCCUCCGCAUCCCCCUCAAGUCCUCCCACGAUCGCACCUUCGACGUCUUCUACCAGCUGCUCGCCGGCAUCCCCGCCGACCAACGCACCCAGCUCGCCCUCCACCCCGACCCCUCCCAUUACGACCUCCUCGCCUCCUCGUCCUGCUACCGGACCCCCGAUCGUCCCGACGCCGAUCGCAUCGGCUUCGACGAGCUCCAAGCCGCCCUCAAAUCCCUCGCCUUCAAACCCAAACACAUCCACAGUCUCUUCAAACUCCUCUCAGCCAUCCUCCUCCUCGGCAACAUCCAGUUCGAGCUCAGCCAAUCCCGCGACUUCCAGGACCAAUCCGCCUCCGUCAGCAACCCCGAAACGCUCGAGCUGGUCGCCGAGCUACUCGGGCUCCCCUCGCCCGAUCUCGCCCGGGUGCUCACCAAUCGGAUCCAAUACAUCCGCAAGGAGACCGUCACCGUCCUCCUCAGACCCGAGGCCGCCGUCCAGCAGCGGGACGACUUCACGAACGCACUCUACGGCGUCCUCGUCGCCUAUGUCGUCGAAACCGCCAACCACAAGCUCUUCCCCGGUGAUGGGUUCAUCAACGAGCUCCAGGCUCAGGGCGGCUCGAGCAUCCUCCAGUUCGACUCCCCAGGCCCUCAGGGCCGCUCGGAGGAACUGGCUGACAUGCUCGGCUCCGGGAACAACCUGCCCACCCGUCGUCAGUCGAUCAAGAAACUCGAGCGGAGUAACACCCUCCUCGGCCGCGCUAAAUCCUUUGGUGCAUCGGCUUACGAGGAGUUCUGUAUCAACUACCAGACAGAACUCAUCCACACCUGGUUCAGCCACCAACACCUCGACCAGCAGAGCUCCCGGGCUGCCGCCGAUGGGAUCCAGAUCCCCAAGAUCGACUCCCAGGAUUUCUCUUCCUCUCGUCUAGAGAUGUUAAGAGGCGGUCUGCUGGGUGGCAAGGCCGACAGCAAACCGGGUGGGAUCAUCGGUGGACUCGCCAAGACCUCCAACUCGCAGCGUAAGGGCAAAUAUAACACGAUGGAAGAGGCUGAUAACGAUGUGCUCGAUGGCAUGCGUUCCCACUUUGCCUCUCACCCCAGCUUCAUCUCCCGUCCCAGUCAUUCCACCUCCCAGUCCGUCUUCGGCAUCCAACAUUGGUCCGGCCCGGUCAGCUACGACGCCACCGGGAUCAUCCAAGCCGAUCUCGGGCUGGUCGACGUCGAAUUUGUCAGCCUGCUCCGUAACAGUACCGACAGCUUUGUCUCUCGAUUACUCUCGGGGCCAUCCCUCGCACUCGAUCGACAUCCUCUCGACCCUAGCGUGCUCGUAGCCGCCCAAGUCUCCUCGAGCCCCCUCCGUCGCCCAAGUCCGAUCCUACCCACCCAUCCCCACAUCUCGCUCGAGCCUGGCUCGCCCAGAGGCGCCCCCCUCGACUCCACCGUCGCCCUCAUCGACACAUCCGUCGUCCAGCCCACCCUCUCCCAACUCAAUGCCACCCUCUCCCAAUUCAUCUCCCACUUCAGCCAGUGUCAGGUAUGGCACGUCCUCAACCUCAAGCCGAACGACGAGCUCUAUGCAAAUGACUGGGACCCUGUCCGGGUUGAACAUCAGCUCGAAGCCUUCAGAAUCCCAGACCUGAUCACGUGCAAGCAGGUCGACUAUCCCUUCGACUUCGACCUCACCAUGUUUUCGAUCCGCUUCAGGCUCGAGGGCACCGAGGCCUCGGAUCUACGUCGACAACUGACCACGGCCCUGGGGCUCGAGGAGAACAAAGAUUUUGCGAUCGGCAGAUCGCGGGUCUGGCUCACCCUCCCCGCAUUCCAAUCGCUCGAGGAGAGACUUUUGGCCGAUCACCCGGCGGGCUCCCAGCCUCGACCGAUUGCAGGACAUCUAGCUGGGGUCGAUAUCCCCGGAGGCAGCCCCCGCGAGCUAGACAGCUGGGGUGAUCUUGGCGGAGGCGGGAGCGGAUCCUAUCAGCAUCUGGUCACUGGUGGCAGCGGUAGUGGAGACGAUCGCCCACACUCCGGCUACGAGGCCGAGCGCAACAUCCCCCAAUCACCCGGCUUUGGUGGCGAGACCGAGCUCCCUCACGGAGGGAGCUACCAGGAUGGACCGGCACAGAGUCGGGUCUGGGGCUCCGAGUGGGAAUCGAAGCAGCCCGAGGAGCAGGUCAUGCUCAACAAGGAGGCCCGCUACAUGGAUGUCGGCUUGAUCAAGCACAACCAGAUCGACGGCAACACCAACCGUGACGGGGCUACCGAUGACGUCCUCCUCAAAACUGACCAGAACCAGACCCUCGAAGAGGUCGAGUCGAGUAGGGGCAGGAUGUGGUGGGUCGUCAUCGUCUGGUCUCUCACUUUUUACAUCCCCAACUUCUUCUUGAGCACGAUGGGCAGGAUGAAACGCCCAGACAUUCAAAUGGCUUGGCGUGAAAAGGUCGCCCUUUGUUUGAUCAUCUUCCUGAUGUGUGGUGCCGUCUUGUUUGUCAUUUUGGGAUUGGGCAAGAUCAUGUGUCCAAAUCUUGCCAAAGCGUGGACUCCGACCGAGUUAGGAUACCACGCCACAGAGAGUGACUUUUACGUCGGAGUUCGAGGCCAGGUGUUUGAUCUUGGGAAGUUUUGGAAGGGACAGCACUCGGAUAUCACCGCCCAACCUGUGACGAAUUCGGAUAUGUUGUCUCUGGCCGGCCAAGAUCUAACGAACUAUUUUCCAGUCCCGUUGAGGCUGGCCUGUCCCAACGUCCAAGUGGAUACAGUCAACAUCCAGUUCGAAAAUUGGACGGCUACCGUCCCCAAUGCAGUCCACGUCUCUGGGUCCGCCCAGGUCGUCAAAUCUUCCGCGCUCGGCAACGAUAAAUGGUAUACGGAAAAAUUCUUGCCAUUCAUGACGAACUUUUAUAAAGGCCCGAUCGUCUAUGGUCACAAGUUGAUCUCUGGAUUAGCCAAUAACCGCUCGAUUGGGAUCUACGAUGGUGGCGUCUAUGAUCUAUCGGAUUACUUUUACACGUACAACACCCAAAAUCGGAACCCUCAGUUCCAGUACAUUGACAAGUCGAUCUCCGACCUCUUCCAGCAACAACCCGGCCAAGACAUCACCAAAGAAGUCAAUGCGCUGCCCCUCGGUGACGCCGAAAAGUCUGCCUCCUUAGCCUGUCUUAGGAACAUGUUUUACCUGGGCGACACUGACUUCAGGGAGGGCCCCCGCUGCACGGUAGCCAACUACAUCCUCUUGGCCUUCACGAUCCUGAUCGCGGCGGCGGUAUUUGCGAAGUUCAUAGCGGCCUUACAGCUAGGAACGAAGCGGAUGCCCGAGCUACGGGACAAGUUUGUGAUUUGUCAGGUGCCGUGUUACACGGAGGGAGAGGAGUCGUUGCGGAAGACGAUCGACUCGCUGGCGACGCUGAAGUACGACGACAAGCGCAAGCUGAUCUUCGUGAUCUGUGACGGGAUGAUUAUCGGGUCAGGGAACGACCAGCCGACGCCGCGGAUCGUGCUCGACUUGCUGGGGGUGGACCCGGCCAUCGACCCGGACCCGCUGCUCUUCCAGUCGGUCUCCGAAGGCUCCAAGCAACUCAACUACGGUAAAGUCUAUUCGGGCUUGUACGAGGUCGACGGCCACGUGGUGCCCUACGUCGUCGUCGUCAAGGUCGGCAAACCCUCCGAACGCUCCAAACCUGGCAAUCGCGGCAAACGGGACUCCCAGAUCCUCCUCAUGAGGUUCCUCAAUCGCAUCCACUUCGAUGCCCCUAUGUGUCCGCUCGAACUGGAGAUCUGCCACCAAAUCAAGAACGUCAUCGGCGUCGAACCCCAGCUAUACGAGUUCUUGUUCACCAUCGAUGCUGACACGGAGGUCUAUCCUGACGCGUUGAAUCGCUUGGUUUCUGCGGCUUCGGACGAUGGCAGAAUCAUUGGUAUUUGUGGAGAGACGAAGUUGUCGAACGAGAAAGUCUCGUGGUGGACGAUGAUCCAAGUCUACGAAUAUUACAUUUCGCAUCAUCUGUCGAAGGCGUUUGAGUCCCUCUUCGGUAGUGUUACUUGUCUUCCUGGUUGUUUCACCCUCUACAGAAUUCGCUCGGCUGAUAAGGGUAGACCGUUGGUCGUCUCGAACUUGAUCAUCGAUGAAUAUGCUGAGAUUCACGUCGAUCAAGCCGCGAUCCCGAUCGUCUCCCUGGUGAUCAUUGCAGCAGUCUAUGGCCUCCAAGUGGUCAUCUUCCUCUUGAAGCGGGAGUGGGGCCUGAUUUUCUGGCUGUUGAUCUACCUACUGGCCUAUCCGAUCUGGUCCUUCUUCCUCCCGAUCUACUCGUUCUGGCACUUCGAUGAUUUCUCGUGGGGGAACACUCGAAUGGUCGUUGGCGAGGGGAAGAACAAGAAAGUGUUGGCGGAUACGGACGACGUGGGCUUCGAUCCGUCGGUGAUUCCCUUACGCAAGUUCAGCGACUACCAGGCGGCGAUGUGGGACGAGGAUGGCAAGUCGAGUCGGGCUGGAGGCGGGUACGGGCGUCGGCCGGAGAGUGUGGGAGGGUUCAGCAUGGCCAGUCGACCGAUGGGCGCGAUGGGCAUGAUGGGAGCUGGGGGGAGUGUGAUGGGCGGAGGAGGGAUGGAAGGCGGGGGAGACUACUACUACAGGGACGGGCAUCCCCGCUCGACGAUGUAUCGAUCCAGCGGGAUGAAUCUGGCCGCGCCGGGCUCCUACAACCGAUCCGAUUCUCGCUCGCCCUCGCAACGCGGGAGCAUGAUGGCCGGGCCCAACCGGCUCGCUCCCCUCAACGACUUCGGCGGCUUCCAGCCCGGCCUCAACCAGCACCAAUCCAUGAUCUCCCUCGCCGGGAUCAGGGCCGCCCAGCAACAACAGGCCGCCGCUAUGAGCGUCUUCAACGGCGCCGGGCCUCACGGCCCCGGCUCCGUUCGCGGAUCCAUGAUGGACUUCGCCAACUCCGGCGCCGCUACCCCGGGCAUGUUCAUGUCUCCUGGUUAUCCGUCUAUGAUGCCGAUGGGCGGCAGCGGGACUGGAGACAUGCAACAUGCGCACAACAUGAGUAUGUUUGGGAUGCCGGGGGCAGCCGGCGGGAUCAUGCCGGGCAACCCGUCGAUGAUGAUGGGCGGGACGCCGUCGAUGAUGAUGAUGAAUCCGAUGGGCGGAGGGCCUGGCGGCGGGGCGAUGAUGGGCUAUAAUCCGCUCGGAAAUCCGGGGGCGGUUGCGGGGGCCCCACAGCAACAGGUGGCCAGCCAGCCGUUGGUGCAGAACUUCAGCGCCGACCCGUCCGACGACCAGGUCGUCGAAACGCUCAGGAUCUAUCUCUCUCAACAGGACCUCAUGAAGAUCACGAAACGCUCCGUGCGUGACGCGCUUAACCACUGGUUCCCUAAUGCUAAUUUGAACGAGAAGAAGGCGUUCAUCAAUGCCCAGAUCGACAAGAUCCUCGCCGGCAACAACUAA